AACGUGUUUACAAAAAAUAAUUUGCAUUUGUCAUUUGUCACAGACAUUUUCCAGCAUAUGAAUAUUUUCAUUUUUAAUUAGAAAUGACAGAUUUGAAUGUGUCGAAUAAAUGUAAGAUCCUGAAUGUAAGAUGUAAAAAUCCUUAAUCAGAAUAAAUAUCAAUACAACUGCAAUAAUAAUAUGCUUAAUCAGACUAAAUUAUGAAUACAACAACUACUAAAUAACUAAUAAUAACAAAACACAUUUCCAUUCGUGUACUUACAUUUUCAUGACAAAAAAUAUCAAACAAAGCACAUAUAUACAUUUAAUUAACAUUGAAACAUUAUUUAUUUAAAGCAAUUAACAAUAUUACAAAAAGUUGUCUUUAGCUGGAUUCGAACCUGGGUCGCGGGGAGCACCUGCAAUAGGAAACAGUGUAAUAUAAAUGCGCGAAUUUACGCAAGAAGAAACCGGAAGAUGUAUCACUGCGCGCAUGCUAAGGAAGAUUGGGCUUUGAACGUCAAAUUUCACCCUUUCUUUUCUUCAUUUUUUCUUUCUCUUCUUCCCCUUCUCCUUUUCUUCCUUCCCUCUUUUCUUCCCUUCUUCCCCGUCUUUGACGGACUAUUGUUCCCCAGCUUGAGCGCAGCGCCUUAGACCGCUCGGCCAUCCUGACAUGCUAUACGCUAAUUUUUAUGCUAGAUUUUUUAUUCGCUUAGCAGUGUCCUAUGACAACAUAUAACUAUAUUUUGUACAUUUACUCGUAUUUAUAGUGCACUGUAUCAAUGCUAAAAACCUUUUCUGAUACGAUCGUACUUGCAGUCCUGGUGGAAACAGCGUUAAACCGCAUAAAUACACCGCAACUAGCAAUUAGCAACUAUCAAAAAGCGAUGUUGUCAGGUACUACCAGUCUAAAAGUAGAUUCUCACGUUUUAACACGUCAAUUUGAUUUCUAAUUCAAUGACUUAAAAGUGUUCCUGCGUCAUUUAUAAGGUUUAACAGUAUUUUUCAGACGGCAAAGUCUGUCACGUGGUAAGCGUUACUUAACUAGAGAUGGGCUAACCGCAGUCGUUUAUGAUUACAGUAAAACGUACUUUAUUUGAUCAUUUUACAAAGAAUAUUGCGUCAAAUUGUAUCCAUAUAUCAGCUGCAAGUAUUUUACAGUUUCUUUGUUUCAAAUGUUUAAUUUUUAAUGGAAAGGCUGUUUGCACUAAAGCAAAACACUUGCUCAGAUUUCCCCGUGUUUUAGUGGAAAAUGCGGGUUUAUGGCCUUUGUGCGCCCUCUACAGGUAAAAGACUGCAUGAAGCAGACUGCCGUGACUAGUUAGUAACGGGUGCCGCCCAAUGGUCAAACUCGACAGCUGCUUCAGUUCCGCCUGAACAACAUGAGCCUGUGUUCUACAAAUUGCAUUUAUAUCUAUAGCUAAAAUAAUAAUAUAUAGAUCAUAAUACUGUAUAGUUCAGGGUGUGAUUAUCAGGGUCUUCAGAAAAUAACCGUUUAGAGCUGAUAUGGACCACGCCGAGUAAACAUUGGACUAAACAAGAGAAAACUAUGGCUUCGGCACAACCUCCAAACUUCUCCUGGGUGGAUCCUGGUAAAGUUGCAGGCCUGGCAAUGCCUCGGAUGACGGCCCACUAUCAGUAUCUGCUGAACAACGGCAUUAAACAUCUGGUGACCCUGAGCGAGCGCAAACCUCCUUACCAUGACACCUGUCCUGACCUGACCCUUCAUCACAUCAGGAUUCACGACUUCUGCGCGCCAACGUUUGAUCAGAUCAACAGAUUCCUGUCAAUAGUGGAGGAGGCCAAUGCUAGAGGACAGGCUGUGGCGGUGCACUGUUUGCUUGGUUUUGGGCGAACAGGGACGAUGCUCGCCUGUUACCUGGUGAAGAGCAGGAAAAUCACCGGAAUCGAUGCGAUUAAUGAGAUAAGAAGCCUACGCCGAGGGUCCAUUGAAACCAGAGAGCAGGAACAAAUGGUGGUGCAGUUUUAUCAACAAAAUAAGGUGUAAAAUAAGAAGCAUUUGUUUUUAUGAUGCAGAUGUUUAUGAAUAAUGUUACAUCAAACAAUAAAGAAUAGUUUAUUUCCAGUGUAUUUAUUUAAGUACCUUGGUCUGUCCACUAGAGGACGCCCUUUCUCUUCACUCCAGAGUUUUGUUUCAUGUGUGAUUGGUUUCUAAAGGUUUCUGAUGGUCUUUAUGGACCAGAAAUAGAUGGUUCUGCACUGUCAUGAAGAUCAGAGGCUCUGGACUUCUGCUUGGACUGUCCACCUUUAUCAUGAUCUAAGAAAUGUAAAACAAGCACUUAUAAUCUAUGAUCAAAGCCAUAGAUUUAUAUAUUGGCUAUACAAAUAUUGCUCUAAUUCUGAUUUUUAUUAAGUGUUAUAAAAGGUUCACACUGCAAAAUAAUGUCUUUAAACAGUAUUUGGUCUUGUUUUCCAGCUCUAAACAAUCUGAAGUCAAAAUAUGUUUAUUUAAAAUUUUAAAACUAUGAAACUACCUUUUGCAUUCUUGUCUAUGACAGUAUU